ACUGCUCGGGGGCUGCUUUCGCCUCAGCGUCGAGCUUCGCGCCGCCAGGAGAGAGCGGCCCGGCGUCGGCGGCUCGUUCCCACAACGCCUGGCGGGGCACGCGGCGCCUGCUGGGAGCCGUAGUCCUGUCGGCGCACUGCGUUCGCCGAGGGGGAGGGCGGAGCUGCCGGCGGCCCGGGCGGGCUGGCAGCUAGAGUGGGUGCGAUUACCGCCUCCGCCUCUGCCGCCUCCGCCGUCGCCUCCUCCGCCCGGGCCGUUCGCUGCUGCGCGGGGAGAGCGAGGCGGGGCCGCCGGGGCCGCCAUGGAGCCCGACUCGGUGAUUGAGGACAAGACCAUCGAGCUCAUGUUACCGAAGUGCAUGUUUGGGAUUUUGUUGAAGAAAGCUGGCUACAGUAAACGGAAAGCAUCUUGGAAGCUGCUUGACUGCUGUCUUUUGUCAGACUAGUCUGAAAGGGAAUCCCCCCUUCAUUCUGGAUUGGUGGCUCUGAAGUACAAAAUAUUUCCCAGUGUUCUGUGCCAAGGUCUUUGUGGCUAGGCUGCGCCAACCUGGUAGAGAGCAUGUGCGCACUGAGUUGCCUGCAGAGCAUGCCCAGUGUCAGAUGUCUCCAGAACACUUCAGUUAUGGAGGAUCAAAAUGAAGAUGAGUCCCCAAAGAAAAAUACUCUUUGGCAGAUAAGUAAUGGAACGUCAUCUGUGAUCGUCUCCAGAAAGAGGCCAUCGGAAGGAAACUAUCAAAAAGAAAAAGACUUGUGUAUUAAAUACUUCGACCAGUGGUCCGAGUCCGAUCAAGUGGAGUUUGUGGAGCACCUCAUUUCCCGAAUGUGUCACUACCAGCAUGGACAUAUCAACUCAUACCUGAAGCCCAUGUUGCAGCGGGACUUCAUUACUGCUUUACCAGAGCAAGGCCUAGAUCACAUAGCAGAAAACAUUCUUUCCUACCUGGAUGCCAGGUCUCUGUGUGCCGCAGAGCUGGUAUGUAAAGAAUGGCAGCGGGUGAUCUCCGAAGGAAUGCUUUGGAAGAAGCUGAUUGAACGAAUGGUGCGCACUGACCCUCUAUGGAAGGGGCUUUCAGAAAGAAGAGGGUGGGAUCAGUACCUGUUUAAAAACAGACCCACAGAUGGCCCUCCCAAUUCAUUUUAUAGGUCGUUAUACCCAAAGAUUAUCCAGGACAUAGAGACUAUAGAAUCUAACUGGCGGUGUGGACGACACAACUUGCAGAGGAUUCAGUGCCGCUCUGAAAAUAGUAAAGGUGUCUACUGUUUACAGUAUGAUGAUGAAAAAAUUAUCAGUGGCCUACGAGAUAAUUCUAUUAAGAUCUGGGAUAAAACCAGCUUGGAAUGUUUGAAAGUGCUGACGGGGCACACUGGCUCUGUGCUGUGUCUCCAGUAUGAUGAACGCGUCAUUGUGACUGGCUCUUCAGACUCUACAGUGAGAGUCUGGGAUGUGAACACAGGCGAGGUUCUGAACACGCUGAUCCACCACAACGAGGCUGUGCUGCACCUGCGCUUCAGCAACGGCCUGAUGGUUACCUGUUCCAAGGACCGCUCGAUCGCUGUGUGGGACAUGGCCUCUGCCACCGAUAUCACGCUGCGCCGUGUCCUGGUCGGCCACCGCGCCGCUGUCAACGUCGUGGACUUUGAUGAUAAGUACAUCGUGUCCGCCUCUGGUGACAGGACCAUCAAAGUGUGGAGCACAAGUACCUGUGAAUUUGUUCGUACUCUGAAUGGGCACAAGCGAGGCAUUGCCUGUCUCCAGUACAGGGACCGGCUGGUUGUGAGUGGAUCAUCAGAUAACACCAUCAGGCUCUGGGAUAUCGAAUGUGGUGCCUGCCUGAGAGUUCUAGAAGGACACGAAGAGUUGGUCCGAUGCAUCCGCUUUGACAACAAGAGAAUUGUCAGCGGGGCCUAUGACGGGAAAAUUAAAGUUUGGGAUUUGCAAGCUGCUCUUGACCCUCGAGCCCCAGCAAGCACCCUGUGUUUGCGUACCUUGGUGGAACAUUCUGGACGUGUGUUUCGGCUACAGUUUGAUGAAUUUCAAAUCAUCAGCAGCUCUCAUGAUGACACUAUUUUGAUUUGGGAUUUCUUGAAUGUGCCUCCCAGCGCCCAGAACGAGACCCGCUCGCCCUCCAGAACAUACACUUACAUAUCCAGAUAACAGUCUGCACUUGACCCGCUUCAGGGUUUCCUAGUCUUGAACUACUGGCUACAUGGCUACCAAAUGCCUAAGGGAGUUCUUCACAGCUGAGUUAUGAAGCUGGAAUUGGUUCUAGACGCUGGGUAGAUGCAAAGCAGCCUAACUCUUCAAGUACCGACAUUUCUCACCUGCAGUUCCGGCUCCACUUUGAGAAGGAUACCUUAGCUUUACUGACUACAAGUAGGACAGAAGACCAUUUUCUCCCCCAUCCGUGAAAAAGAUCUAAUGCUUCAAAUGUAAAGUGUUCACAUAAAAGGAACGUACAGUCUAUUUCCCAGAAGUAAAUCGAUAGUCAGGAGAAGACUUGGCCUCUAAUUUAUAUGCUUUGCACUUUGGUCUGAUAUUAAGAAACAGCAUUGUUCUUCGGUGAAGUUUCGGGUGCCAAACACCUACCCAGCAUGCCCAGGGCUGUCCUUCUCAGAAGUGAGCGCGCUCCUUUGUCCACGUUGUGUGGAAUCCCGACUUACGUUAGGAACAUGUUGGACAAUGGAAAAUCCCUCUGGAUGGCGUUAGUCAUAUUUUUUUGGAUUACACUUCCUUUCUGUACCAUUUCUUUUAAUUUAAAGAACUAUAAUCCAGGUUAUAUUAUCUCCCAACAGGUAAUAUAGCUUUUUUCUUUUAUUAACUGUUCUCUGUACCCCGACCAUCUCCUGAUGUUUGGUAGAAUAACACCUUUACACAUGUGCUUGCCUCCUAAUUUAAAAUACUGUACCCGCAUGUAGAUAUAAUGUACAUAACAGUUUAACCUCAAGGUUGCUGGAGCCAGGGCCCCCAUGCCGGAGACACUAAUACACAGUGUGUUCACACUUGGCCAUGGGCUGGGCUCGAGAACCGAUACCAGGGUUGACGUGGAUUACCUAGAACCCUUCCUGCAGUAUUCAUAUGGUGUUUUUAUUUUGUCAUCGUCAUUGUGUGUGUGUGGUGUGUGUUUUUACUGGGAACCUUGUUUUAAAAUGUAAUUUCUAAAGUUUAACACAGAAUGUUUAUUUGUUGUGCAGUAUAUGCAAUAGAGAGAGGUACCUUAACAUUUUUUUCUUGUUCUUUUCCUCAUAAGUACUCCUGAGUGUACUGGUGGUCACUUCUCAUAGUAUUCAUUUGACUUCACUGUACCAAAUUAUUAUUCUGUGUGUUAACCCUGGGGAGCGAAGAACAGCAAGGCCCUACCGACGGGGUUUCCUGGCUCUAGAAUUCCAGCCCCCUGGCCUGUCACGAUGGUCACAGGCCCUGCACGUUGGAGCCCAUGUACCAGGUCGGGCUGGUUCCGAGGCCCACCCGAGCGGAAGGGAACGCCUACGUGGGCGGAGCCGGCAGCUCAAGAAUCCCAUCCCGUCAUCUCUGCUGUCACCUGCUGCUGGGGGCCUGGCAGGUUGUCAGAGCCCCCGAGUGCACAGCAGCCUGAAUGUGUGAAUGGCUCCAUCAUGCUGGCCUGGCACGGAAAGGACUUUGGCAUCCGGCUGGCACUCCUUUCCCCUUGUUCAAUAUUAGGUUUGAUUUGCCCCUUGCCAUUGUUUCCAAAGAUCAAGGAAUGUCAAUAACAUUUUAAAGGACCAAUAAGAACCUCCUGUUAAUUAAACCUCUUCCCGUGGAAGCACACUCUACUACUCAAGGGAAGGGCCCUGGGCUCUGUUUUGUCCUUUGCAUUGAGAACGGUGUGGGGAUCAAUGUGUGUGUAUGUGGUUUGUGUAUUGGGUUGGCUUUGCUCCCCCCCCCCCUUUUUUUAAAAGAUACAUCCUUCCCUCCCACAUGUAACUAAAUUAAUUUCUAUUUUUGAGAAGUUGAGUCUCAAAGUGUAAAAGAAUAAGCCUCCAUUCAUAAGGUAGAUGUUGUAAGCUUGACAGCGGUUGUGAAAGUGAUGUAACUUUUACCAUUCUUCAUCUUACAGCUUUACUAGCAAACUGGUUAGGAGAGCCCGGGGAGGGGGCGGGGGGAGGGGAGGAGGCAAUUCUUCUGAACGAAUGGACUUUUUGUUGUUGUUUUUGCAUGUUUCAUAUAAAAGUUCUUGUUCCUUGGGAGAUCAUAGCCUUUGAAUAUGCACACACGACCUUUGAAUUGUGCCUACUAAGUUAUAUCAGGGGACUUUGGCACCCAAGGAAUUCUGACUUUCUGGGAUUAUAGUAGUAAUUCCCAGCCAUACUCUGGACUUUAUUUUGCUAACCAUAAUUGAGCAACUGUAAAUUACUGCUAUAUUAAUGUUUUAAAGCACUGGGAUAGUCUAAUUCUAACUUGUAAUUAAUUAUGUUUGCCAAUUAUCUGUUUGAAAUUAAUUUGUGUCUGAACAGCUAUUGAAACUGUUAAAUUGUACAGAUAUUAUUCAUGACAGCUUUGUACUGUGGAAUGUGCUUAAUAAAAAACAAAAAGUUGACCUCUGUCCAAUACAUUGCUAAGUAAUGUCUAUAAAUCAAGUGUGAGCAUUAUACAGCCCAUCUAAUCUGCCUUCAUGCAAUUGUUACUUCAGCUACUAAUUCAAAGCCAAUACCCUUAAUAAAGUGUUGCAAUACUCUGA